AUGUUUUCGUUUCUGCUACCGCUCAAACUGGGUGAUUUGGGCAAAGGGGAGAAGCUCUCUCUGCUUGCUAUAACGAUCGUAGCGGUGCUAGCGUUGCAGCUUACUGCGCAGCUAUAUCAAGCAAGAAUGAAAUUCAGAAGACUUCAGUCUCGAGGCAUACCAAUCCUGCCUCACUCAUUUCUGUUGGGACAUUUUCUCAUUGUUAUUCAAUUCUACAGAGAUUGGGCCUUCGACGCCAAUUUUAUCCAGACUUUUGGUUUCUACAUAAUCAAAUACUGGCCGAAAUUCUUCCCAAACGAGCAACAAUGUCCCCCUGUCAUUUACCUUGACGUGUGGCCUAUUUCUAGGCCGAUGGCGUUUUCCCUGCAGGCCUAUGUAUCCAACCAAAUGGAGAUUGGGAGCAAUUUGCCAAAGUCUCCGAUGCAAGGAGAGUUUUUAAAUCCCAUUUCGAAUGGGAGGGACCUCAACUGCAUGCACGGGGAUGAGUGGCACAUGUGGCGCUCGAGGUUCAACCCCGGAUUCAGCAGGACCAACAUCAGAACCUGGAUACCUGCUAUUAUCGAGGAGGUUGAGACCUUCGCAAAUGUGCUUAGAGGCCUUUCCGGUGGAGAUGGCCAAUGGGGUCAGGUUUUCCCUUUCGAGCAGAUAUCCAGCAACUUGGCAUUUGAUGUUACAGGAAGGGUGGUUCUCGACACCCGGCUUAACUCUCAAUCGCUGUAUCCCUCGCCUUUCACCAUUGCUUAUCGCGAGCAACUGAGCCGCAUGGAAAUAACUCUGAGCCCUCGCAAACUUCUGUGGAGGAUCACCCCGUUGUUCAAACUGAUUGUACGACGGAAGAGGAACCAGCUCUUCAAACAUCUUCGACCGUUUAUUACAAAAGGUAUAAACGCUGCCAACGAUACUCCACGGACUAUAAUCCGGUCUGCCGUUGAAGAGUACACUGGCGAGCUUGGAGUCAAGGGAACCGCCACCAAUACCCCAGAUGAAGCCUUCAUCGAGCAAGUCUUCUACCAGCUGAUGAUAUUUUUCUUUGGCGGUGAUGAUGCGCUGUCUAUCACAAUUCCCCGUGUAUUCAGACAACUUCAGCUAAACCCCGAAUGUGUCGCGAAGCUGCAAGCCGAACAUGACGCCAUUCUUGGCUCUGAUCCAAGCCUUGCUGCAGAGAAGAUCCGGGAAGCGCCCCAUAUCCUAGACUCUUUACAAUAUACACUAGGAGUGAUCAAGGAGACACUGCGCAUGAAUCCAGCAACGAUCACAAUCCGGGAAGGACAGCCUUCAUUCAACCUGAAAAUAAAUGGCGAGGACGAGCCAUGGCCGACAGACGGAUUCGAUCUUUUUGACAGCUCUAUCACAAUUCACCAUGAUCCAGCUAACUUCGUCGACCCGCUCAAAUUCAUACCUGAGCGAUUUUCUGCACUGGAAGGCGACAGGUUGCAUCCGGCGAAGAAUAUAUGGCGUGGGUUCCAGCUUGGGCCUAGGAAAUGUAUCGGGCAGGAACUGGCGGUCGUUGUGCUGAAGUUGGUGUUGGUAUUUACUGUCCGUAGUUUUGAUAUUGAGAUGGCCUGGGAUAAGUGGGAUGAGGUGCGGGAACUUCAGGGCUUCAAAGUGGAUCGCCGGACUGUUGAGGGUGAACGAAUGUAUACCACCGGGAAAGCGACGUCGCACCCCAAGGAUGGUGCACCGAUGCACGUACGGAUGCGGACCUCGGGCAAGGAAUACGGCAAGGAAUAA